AUGGGGUCCUUUUCCCUGAGUUCAUCUUCCUCUGUGUUACCAGGUAGGCUCAUUAGAGUGCCUGAAAAUAAUGACUUGUGUUCUUCAAGGAGGAAGGCAAUUGUUGUGUGUUGCCAAGGAGGUGGAAAUGUGAUUAAGUCCAGUGGGAUUUCUUCUGUUUUGCCAGAAAGAUCACCAUUGGUGAGCACAGAUCAUACUGCAACUGUAAUGGAUGCUGGAAGCUUGGUCUUGUCUCCAAAUGGGAAAAACCAGGCAGAGAUUGUUGUGAAUGAUUUGAUGCCUUUUGCUGGGCCAUCGCCCACCACUUCCAUAGGAUUGAAAGAUGGAAUAGGCAUCGUCAAGUUUCUCAGAGGAAAGAAGUUUUUCAUUACUGGUGCUACCGGGUUUCUAGCAAAAGUUUUUAUUGAGAAGAUUUUAAGGACUGAACCUGAUGUGGGCAAAAUGUACCUUUUGAUCAAGGCAAAGAACAAGCAAGCUGCAAUGGAGAGGCUGCAGAAUGAAAUCAUAAAUACAGAGCUUUUCACAUGCCUACGACAAACCCAUGGAAAAUCCUACCAAGCAUUCAUGUUGAGCAAACUGGUUCCUGUUGUAGGCAAUAUUUGUGAGUCUGGUCUUGGACUAGACGAAGAUCUAUCUGAUCUUAUUGCAGACGAAGUAGAUGUAAUUGUAAAUUCUGCUGCUAAUACAACAUUUGACGAAAGAUAUGACACUGCUAUCAACAUAAACACCAAAGGACCCUGCCGCCUUAUAGGCCUUGCAAAAAAGUGCAAGAAGCUUAGGCUCUUUCUCCAUGUCUCGACAGCAUAUGUUAAUGGACAAAGGCAAGGUAAAAUCACCGAGAGGCCAUUCAUCAUUGGAGAUAGCAUAGCCAGAGAAAAGUUUGUAUCAGAAGUUCCAGCAGAAGCCUUGCCCUUAUUGGACAUAGAAGGAGAGAUGAAGCUGGUUUCACAUUACAAGGGAAAAUAUGAAGGCAACUUAUUAGCUCAGAAGAUGAAGGAGUUGGGUCUUGAGAGGGCCAGACUAUAUGGGUGGCAAGAUACCUAUGUGUUCACAAAGGCUAUGGGAGAGAUGAUGAUUGAUAAACUGAGAGAGGAUAUUCCAGUUGUUAUAAUUAGACCUAGUGUUAUAGAGAGCACUUUCAGUGAGCCAUUCCCUGGUUGGAUGGAAGGAAAUAGGAUGAUGGAUCCUAUAGUUCUGUGUUAUGGAAAAGGGCAGCUCACAGGUUUCUUAGUGGACCCAAAUGGAGUAUUGGAUGUGGUACCAGCUGACAUGGUUGUUAAUGCAACCAUGGCAGCCAUGACAAAGCAUGGUAUGGCUCGAAAGCCGGAGAUGAAAGUGUACCAUAUUGCCUCAUCUGUAGUGAACCCUCUGGUGUUCCAAGAGCUAGCAAGACUGCUCUAUAAACACUACACUUCCUCACCCUGCUUUGACUCAAAGGGAAGGCCAAUUAAAGUCCCAACCAUGAAGCUGUUUAGCUCCACAGAAGAUUUCUCUGCUCACCUCUGGACAGAUGCUAUUGAGAAAAGUGGCCUCACAGCCAUGGACAAACUGCCCCACAGGCUGGAAAGUUUAUGCAGAAAAUCAGUUGAGCAAGCAAAGUACUUGGCCAACAUAUAUGAGCCCUACACAUUCUAUGGUGGAAGGUUUGAUAACAGUAAUACAGAGAGAUUAAGGGAGAUGAUGUCAGAAGAGGAGAAGAGAGAGUUUGGGUUUGAUGUAGAGCGAAUAGAUUGGGAAGAUUACAUGACGAAUGUGCAUAUACCAGGGCUAAGGAGACAUGUGAUGAAGGGAAGAGGAAUGGGUGGCCGAUGA